AUGUUUAGCUCUACAAUCACUUUAGCAAUUGGUCUCCUCUAUGCUCAUGGCAUUCUGGCUCGACCAAUCAGAGGUAUUGAGAGAGCUGUGAUCCAGGACGAGUAUGAUUUCAUCAUUGCUGGGGGUGGGACGGCAGGCCUCGUGGUGGCAAACAGACUCACGGAAUCGGGCAAAUUCCACGUUCUUGUUCUCGAAGCUGGGCCUGAUCCAAACGUUGUUGCAGCAUAUAAGCCUUUAGGUGGAAACACGCUGAUAACAGGCGGAAAGGGACUGGGUGGGAGUAGCAUGAUCAAUGGAUUCUACUAUGGGCGGGGAACAUCUACCGUCUACGAUCUGUGGGAAAAGAGAGGAAAUCCAGGAUGGUCAUGGGACGACGUUUAUCCUCUUUUCGUAAAGACUUACAACAGCACAGCUUACGGAAAUGGACCUCUUGAAAUCGCAUACCAGGGCUAUGUCCCAGAAACGAGCAUCGCCUUUAUGAACGCUUGCGAAGCUGCUAACAUUCCCAUUGUCGAAGACUACAACACUGGGAAUAGCACAGGUGUUAAACAAGGCACAGCAACACUGGACAAGCAUCUGUUGCGUAGCUCUAGUUACGAUGGAUAUUUGAAGCAAGCUAUCAGCAGGAAGAAUCUUGAUGUUUUAUACUACGCGCCUGUCAUGCAGCUCUUAUCAAAGACCGAUGGUGAGCGACCAAAAGUUACAGGCGUCCGGUUUAUGGAUCACCCCACGGGAAGAUCGCAUCAGGUGCAUGCCUCCAAAGAGGUUAUUGUGUCGAUGGGGGCUUUUCAGUCACCACAGCUUCUUAUGGUUUCGGGGCUCGGUCCUUCAUCUGAGCUCGAUAAGUUUGCCAUUGAGCCUGUGCUCGUCAACGAAAACAUCGGCCGAAAGUAAGAUACCUCCAGAUUUUUUUAGUUUCCACUGGUUAACAUUCUUAUAGUUUGAAUGAUCAUAGUGUCUUCAGCAUAAUGGCGAGGGUGGAGGACGAUCUCCAAUUCUCGUCAUCCCAGCUGUCAUCAGACUUUACCUUGCUAGAGGCAGCCCAAGAGGAAUUUUACAGUAAUGGCACUGGCCCCUAUACAGCCCCAAGUGGCAUCACCAAUGGAUUUCAAAGACUUUCCGAGCAAGAGCUGUUCGAGAUUGGAGCAGGUUCGGUGGUAGAAGCCGGCCUCGGAGACCAAUCGCAUAUUGAGUAUCUCUUUGAAUCAACAUGGUAUCCCUCCGGACCAACGCCAUACUAUAAGCCACUAUCGAACGAGUCUUACAUCUCAUUGACGGCGAGCAGUAUGGUUGCUUUGUCGCGGGGCAACAUUUCGCUGAAGGGUACCUCGAUGAUGAUGGCUCCUGAGAUCAACCCAAACUAUUAUACCCAUGAUGCAGACCGAGCUAUUGCCGUCCGAAGCUUCCACUAUCUUCGCAAGAUUUUAGCCCAUCCUGCCCUCUCACGAUACACCUACGGCGCGAACAACGGUGAAGUGAGCCCUGGCACAGCUGUGGAAGAUGGCGAUGAAGAUGCCAUCUUCGAUUAUGUUAAGGCGAAUACCAUUCCAAACUGGCAUGCUUCUGGUACAAAUCAGAUGCUGCCCGAGGCCGAUGGCGGUGUCGUAGAUCCACGUCUCAGAGUUUAUGGCGUUGACGGUCUCCGUAUUGUUGAUUGCAGUAUUAUUCCCGUGUUGCCUGAUGUUAAUAUUGUUGGACCUGUUUUUAUGAUUGGCGAAAAGGGAGCUGAGUUGAUUCGGGAGGAUUGGGAUGAUAACGAAAGCUAGGACGGUGUCGUUUAGUCACCAACCAGACUUGUCUCAGAUUGUACUCAU